AUGCCAAGUUUCAGCGCAACUACGGACUCGUCCCCACCAGCCACGGCUGUGUUGUCCCCGACUACCACAACCGAAUCCCGCCCGGUCCUGCCCCGGGUUCCCCACGACGCCGCUAUCUUGCUUGGCCCCGACUCGAAUUCACAACCCUCUCCGUCCCUCCCAAACCCGGACCCGCGCAGGAUGCACCAACACCCCGGCUGGCAUCCCCAGCUGCCCGAUAUGGGGGCCUGCAACAUCAUCCGCCCGAAACCGGGCUACUACCCCCAGCAGGAGCAACGAGUCCCCGAACGGUCCACCCCUAUGCCCUACCACACAGCCGAGUUCCAGCCCGACGACAUAUCGCGAGAGAACUUUGCAGUGUGGUUAUUCAACCCUCACGCCCCUUAUGGCGAGUUCAACGUCUCGUCCCACGUUCCCUUUGUCGACGGCGGCGGCUUGGAGUCGACGCUCAACAACAACAUCCACUAUGACUACGAGUCCCUCACUAGUGGUCGAUCCCAACUGGAGACCCCAACCCGCUUUGUCGAGACCGACGAGCUCAUUUCCGAGUUUCGCCGCCAGGAAAUCCUCCGAUGGUUCCAGGUGUUCCGCCAGAAGCAGCCCAAAGCGGAGCCCCUAGUUGCCAACCUUGCGCAUGACGACAAUGGGGACAUUCCUGCCCUGGGGCUCGAAAUGAUGCGCGACUGUUUGCAGGAGUACUGGGACCGCGUGUCACCGCGGCUCCCUAUUGUCCACCAGCCUACUUUCUCGUGCAACCGAUGCUCCAUCUUCCUCCUCAUGGUCAUGGUCGCUUUGGGUGCCGUUUCACUACGCACUAGGGACUCAACCGGAAACCUAGCCGACUACGGUGGCUUUGCGGACAUGGUGAUACUCGGUGUGAGGUCCGAGAUUCUUACUGCCGAGGACGCCCAGCCCCCGGUUUCGCUCUGGGUAUCCCAGGCCCUCCUGCUGCUCGAGUUUUACGAAAAAAUGUAUUCCUCCCGUCGACUUCACGAACGCGCUCACAUUUACCAUGUCGUGGCGCUCAACCUUCUCCGGCGUGGGAGCCCGCUUAUUGGCCGCUCGGGAAGCGAAUCACCCCCUGAAGUGCCGUCAGCCGAGCAACCACAGGGCGUCUCCCUGGAUUCCCACACCUGGUGGUGCCGAUGGGCCGAGACCGAAGCCAUGCACCGGGUCGUCUUUGCUGCAUUCAUGACGGACACCAUCCACGCCGCCAUGUUCGGGCACGCAGCCGACAUGGCGCCCCACGAGAUCAGACUUCCCCUUCCUUGUGAUGAUAAUAUGUGGACGGCAUCAAAUCCAGACACAGUACGCCAGCUCGAUCAAAACCUACGCAUGUACGGCAUCAGGCCCAUAUCUUUCCUUGAUGGCUUGAAGCGUGCGUUGCACGGCAAGGAGGUUAAGACCCAUUCCUUCGGCCGCAUGAUUAUCAUGUCUGGCCUGCUGAGUGUCGGAUGGCAUCUCAGCCACAGGGAGACCCAUGAGAAGUGGCUGGAUUUGACCGCACCGGCCACCGAAACCCACGAGGCAUGGAAGAAAACCCUAUUGCGCGCCUUCGACGACUGGAAGCGCAGCUUUGACGCUGCCCAAGGCGCGGCGGGAAACUCUACCCUCGCCGACGCGCCAGGCUCGAAUGGCCCUGUCCAUAGCGCUGCUAUCCUCUACCACUUGGCUCAGAUUAGCUUGCACGUCGAUAUCAUCGACUGUCAAGUAUACAGUGGCGCCAAGCGGUUGCUCGGGAGGAAGGUUUCUGUUCGAGACUAUACCAACGUGGUUGCUAGGAUGCGAGCAUGGGCCACUCUGUCGUCAACUCGCCAUGCCAUCUUGCACGCCUUCAAACUCCUUCACCGCGUCCUGGUCGACCCCCGACGGAAUGCAAACUCUGCUGACCGCGAGCGGUUGGAUAUUGGACCCGGUGUCGUGAGUCUGCCACCGAUCGAGGUUCAGACGUACUCUUGCCGCAACGAGCCAGAUCCCCAUCGACCUUGGGUGAUGUACUACGCUGCCUUGAGCAUUUGGUCAUUCGUGAGAGCGAUUAGCCGCCAGGAUUCGCUUCAAGAACCGACCGGGCAUGCGAGUAACUCGUUCCGUCCGGGAAAACCAUCCCCUAUCCAAUACCGGCGUGUGGCCGCCUACCUGGGUAACAUUGCCGCCCUCCCCGAGCUGACUGAGAGCGCUGCGACGGGUUUAGGAGAUGGCUUGCCCGAUUUGCUCGACACCUUGAGCUCGGUGCUUUCCGAGGCACACUCCGAAAUACUACAAGAAGCGCAUGUACGACUGGAGGCGUGUAAGGAGAUGCUCACCAACUCCAGUGGGUGA